UGACUAUUAUUAACAGUCUUUUAAAUGGACAAUGAACGUAACUUCUAUAAUGCAUUUGUUAAUAAUGAAAACUCGGGGGGUUUUUAAAUUAUAUCAACAAGCUCUUGUUCGACGGCCGUAUUUGAUCCAAGCGAUCCAAGCCGGCGCUUUGAUGGGUGCAGGUGAUUUGAUAUCUCAGACUCUCAUUGAAAAGAAACAACUAAAACAUGUGGACUAUAUGAGAACAAUCAAGUUUUCCUCCAUUGGAUUAUUUGUCGGAGGUCCCGCUUUACGAUUCUGGUACGGCAAACUGAAUCAACAUCUAGGCUCAAGUGGCAAAAGCACGGCUUUAAAAAAAGUAUUUCUUGAUCAAUUUGUAUUUGCACCAACAUUUCUAUUUUUUCUUCUGACUACAGUUGAUGUUAUGAACGGUAAAAACCUGGAAACUAUAAAAAACAAUGUUGGGGAAAAUUACUUUGAUGUUUUAAAAACAAAUUAUUACAUUUGGCCAUGGGUACAGCUGGUAAACUUUUAUUAUAUACCUCUACAAUACCAGGUAUUAUUAGUACAAUUUGUAGCUUUAUUUUGGAACACAUAUCUCUCAUGGAAAACUAAUAAUAGUAUUAAAGUUAUUAGUGAAUAAUUGUAGGUAAUUUAGACAGGACCUUAUAAUGUUAUUUUUUACUAAUGUCUAGUAAAAUGUAAUAGUCUUAGUUUUACACUAUUCUGCCAAUACCUACCUAAUUUUAGCAAAUUAGGGGAUAUAACUGAUUUUAUUUUGUGAUAACCUAUGGGUAAAAAUACUCAGUAGGGCUAGCACGACAGGGCGCGACUUGCAGGAGAGCGACAUAAAGCG